CGAGCAAGGGAGAUAACCACUUUUUUCUUUUCAUCACCACCCCAACGAUUUCCAUAACCAAGUUGUUCGACGAUGAAAAUUUGUGGUAGUAUCGUGAUCGCCUCUUUGGCUGCAACGGCUUCGGCCUUCGCACCCACCUCGCUGUCUAGUAGCAGUCGGAGCAGUGCAUUGCAUUCCUUCUCCUACGACCCGAACGGAUCAGGUGGAUUGCCACCUGCCUCUCAAGCGCCUGCUCCUGCCGCUGCAGGAUCUGGUCGAGAGAGCCCGAUUGACGAUGACUUCUUGAAAAAGGCUCCAACUGCAACUCGAAUCCAGGGGGAUACCCUCCGAACCUGGGACUUCGCCAACCCAGACACGAAACGUGUCCAGAUCGGAGCAGAGGGAAAGAGCGGACGUCCCAUGCAUUCACGUGUGGAAUACUGGCACACCCCAUCUUAUAUCCCCUUUCAGGUUACUGCCUACACUGAAGAUGGUUUGGAGCGACCCAUCGAUUGCAUCAUUGAAACACCCAAGCACCCCAAAACCAUUGCUAUGUUCAACACAGCUUCGCAACAAAUGCCCUUUGAUGCCGCCGCUGAUGACACACGCAUGAUCUCUCCCUACGAUGCGCUUGCAAAGGGUCCCGAUGCUGCCCAUUGUGAUGUGGUGCAGGGUGGAGGAAUGAUCAAAUACUACAAUUUUGAUGCUGACGUCGAAAGUAUCCAGGUGUACAUUCGAUCGCCCGAAUACAACAUGAAAGCAAAGCUCGAAAUUACUACCGGACCAAACAGCGUGAGACAAACCUACGAAGUGUACUGCUCGUCCGGGUACAAAACACCAUUUUAUACCGUCAUUCAGACGCCGGGAAUGCAGCCAAGUACUCUGCGAGUGAUCAAUCAAAACACCGUCGAAUUUCCCUUCGACGCAUAUGUCCUUCCGUACCGGGUUGGGGAUGCCGGUAUGGGUGCCACCAACGAAAACUUGGGAUGGGGGGAACAGCCAAGACCAGCCUCUAACAUCAUGGGGCAGUGGUAAACCAAUAAAUGAUUCUACAAAUU